AUGGUCGAAUGUCUGAUGAGUCGGAAAGUCGACAGAUAUUAUCUUGUUGCUUUGCAAAUACUUUUGAUCGUCUUUCCGGAUUCUGACCACAAAGCCGUUCUCGAAACAUUACCAGCCAUGAUGAGGAAUGCGCUCGAGGAAACUAUACAACGAAUAUGGAUUCAAGGCCCUAAAAAGGUUUACCUCGACUACCCUGCCGAGGGAAGCAAAGACGAACGGAUUGAGUGUUGGAAACAGCGGGCGGAGCUUUACCAUGGCAUCGAGAUCGGGAUUGAGAGUUUGGACGUGGGGAUCUUCGCAGUAUGCCAGAAAGGACCGGAUGGUCUGCCUCCAGACCUCCAUGAGAAGGUCGAAAGCUCAGAGCAUUGCAGUAUUUUCACAGAUCACUUCGCGGUGAAUAUGCGACGAGCUGCUUGUGUCUUUGAGACGACUCAGCUUCCUGGCCGGGAAAUGGAGUUUCUGGUCUUUGUCCUGAAUGAGAUGAUGCAGAGAGAGGCGGAAACUUCAAAGGAGUUA